UCUCUCUUUCUUUCUCUUUCUCUCUCUCUACGCUGUGCUUGCUGGAAGGCUCCAUCUAUCUAUCUAUCUCGCGGGGGAUACAUACAUACAUACUGUCACGCCACAAUUAGUCUCCCAAAUUACACCCACAAGACCUCUUUCUCCCUCAAUUACCCGCCAAAAGGUCUUGCUUCGGGAGCCAUUGGUUUCGCCUCGAACGGCGUCGUUUGCGCGCACGGAUCGGCUAGGGUUUUUUUCCGGGAUGGAAGAGGUGAGAUCCGGGGAGAAGAGGCUGCCGGAUGAUGUGGAGCUUGAGGGGCAGCCUGCUGGGAAGAAGGUGAAGGGAUUGGUGGGUGGGAAUGUGAAGAAGGUGGCGGAGUUGGUGCUCGUGCUGGCGGCGAUGGGGAAGAUGCGGGGUGGGAGGAGCCCUACUGAUGCGGAGAAGGAGAUGAUGGCGGAGGCUAGGGAUAAAUUGGCUGAGGUGUGUCAAGUGUUUGCUCCCAAGGAUGUGUUUCCGAGGGACGCGUUUGGAGGUGUAAUCGAGGACCUUGGGCUCAAUAAGCUCAAGGAGCAGAGGUUAGGGUUUCGUCCCCCUAAGACGUCUAUUGCUGAGAAGAUGUUGCUUUCCAAAAGAAAGAUGGAAAAACCGGAGGACUUUACCCUACAGUCUGCUCCCUAUUCAUCCCAACGCUUGCAAUCAAAUUCAGGUACAACAGUUGAGAAUCGUGCUCCUCCACAUGCUGCUCGAAUGUUUCAUGCUGAUAAACCUGGCCAAGCACCAAUUUCCUCUGGAAAUUUUCAGUCAGCUUCAACUUUGGGUCAUGGAUCUACUGCAAACUCUGGAUCUUUACCUUAUCAAUUACCUACAAGUGAGAUCAGGCCAGUUACUCACGCUGGGUUAACCACUGGUAAUCUUGGUAAAGACAAUUCUCCAGUGGCAUUGCCACGUGUUGAAAGACCACAUUUCAGACCUGAUGGGAGGUCAAAUGGUGCUUCUCAUAUUCAAGCUUCAUCUGGGGAUCACUCGACCCUGAGGCCACCUAAUUGGUCUAUGACACCACCAUCACAUUCAGCAGCCAAGGUGGGACCUGAAAAUGGGGUGCCAGCACAUUCAACUACCAAAGUUGAGGGAGGUCCUGAAUAUAAGUCAGGGAUGGCCCACCAAGUAACAACAUCUAGACCUUUUAUUAAUCAGACUUCUUCUGGAAACUUGACAACCGUACACCAGCAAAUACAUGGGAUAAACUUUGUCCCAGCUCCUCCAAGUAACACUCAUGCUGAAGUUGGUAAGAUUGUUCAGAGGUUCUUACAGCCCCAGCUUCCUGAUCGACCUGUAUGGACUCCGCCAUCUAGAGAUUAUAUGAGUAAGGCACUGACUUGUCAAAUGUGCAAGUUUACAGUAACUGAGGUGGAAAAUGUUCUUGUCUGUGAUGCUUGUGAAAAGGGGUAUCACUUGAAAUGUCUCCAAAUAAAUAAUCAGAAGGGUGUUCCUAGGGGAGAGUGGCAUUGUGGAAGGUGCUUGUCACUAACAAAUGGUAAACCAAUACCCCCUAAAUAUGGUCGUGUCAUGAGAAACAUCAAUGCAUCAAAAGUCUCUUCGACUGCACCAAUGGUUCAGCCAUCUCUUGACAAAAAAGUUUCUCAGAAAGUGAUAGUGAAUGGGAAUGUUGCAUUACAAAAUCCUCCAACUGUUGGUAUAGCAAAUAGAGUUAACCCUGCAUCUUUUCCAAAGGUUGAAAAUUCCAAAGACAUGCAAGGGAAUGACACAAUGUCAAGUAGAAGUGCUGAUAGUAAAGUUUCUUCUGAAUCCUGUCCAAACAGUUUGAUGAAAGCUUCUGGUGAUAGUAGUGUUUCUCCUGUUGGCUCAUCAGUUGAUAAACCUUGCCAAGGGGAAGCAUUUGAAUUGAAACAGCAGCCUCCUGCUAAAAUUGAGUCAACGCUCAAUUCAUCUGAUCAUUCACAUCCUUCUGUGGACUGCUCAAGUAUAGAUCAUAUACGGCUAUCAAAUAGUAUAGAGAUUUCAUCUAAGCAGUCUCCUGGAAAUAACCUUGAGGUUGUUGAUUUGAAGGAAUCUUGUGGUAGAGCCACCAGUUCCAAUGAUGUUGCUAAAAGAGGAGAGCAAGGGGCUGGAGAAGUAAAUACUGCUAAUGACUCUACAACCUAUAAUAGGAACACAAAGUGCAGUAGUUCUUUAUCAGAUCGGUUACAUAUUGUUGAUUGGGUUGGCAGCAAACAUUCAGUUGGAGAUGAUAAAUUAUUUUAUGAUGCAUGCCGCAUUAAUGGCUAUGUCUAUAAUCUUGAAGACUAUGCUCUUAUUCGUUUUGGAAAUGACAGAUUGAUUCCUUCAAAGCUUCAGACUAUGUGGGAAGAUGCCAAAACUGGAAUGAAAUGGGUUACUGUCAAUCGGUGUUACUUUGCCAGAGACUUGCCAGCAUCUGUUGGCCGCCCAUGUAGUCUGGAGAGCAGCGAGGUCUAUUUGUCUAAUUUUGGGAGUGCUGUAAUGGCUGGCCUUAUUGAAGGUCCAUGUGAAGUUCUUCCUCCAAGCAAGUUCACUGAAGAAAGAGAAAGGAGAACUUGUGCAGUAACAGAGAAAAAUGAUUUACGGCCACUUUACCUAUGCAAAUGGAUUUUUGAUGAAGCUAAAGGCCUAUUCCGUGAUGUUUCUUGUUAAUGGGCGGUGAAAUGUAUUUUUGUGACUGCCCUCUGUAUCAGAAGGGAGCAGGUUGUUGUGGCAGUGAGAGUUUGAUGUACAAUAUGUAGCAGUAGUUGUAAUCUGUGACCCUUCUUCUUCAUUAGAUACUAUAGGGAAGUGCAGAUUUUCUCCUUGAAAGGCUUUGUUAGAUUGGUGGAAUGUAAAAAAAAGUGUAGACUUGUUUUUAGAUGUCAUAUCUGACUAUCUAAAGAUUUUUAUGUUAAGAUAAUUUUAUUCUUUUUGUGGACAGAAAAUAAAAUAUUUCUUUUUAUUCUUUCAU